AUGGUUCGGUUAUGUGUUACUCAUUCUGCGAAGUCAAUCUGUGAUAUUUUGAGAAGAUCAUACGUUUUUGCACCUGAUCAGAUUGAGUAUGCUGUCGUUCUACAACCUCAAGGCCUCUUUCAGCGUAUCGCAUCGGAUAAGUUUGUUGCAGGAAUUUACGGCGAUAUUUUGUUCUCCCUUCAUCUCAUUGAUGAACCAAAGGAACUGUUCGAUUUUAUUUCUUCAAACCAAGUUCCAUCGUCCUUCGGUGGGAACUUAAUGGCGACGCUGCGAACUGCGCCAGCAAGACGAAGUCGAGGCCGAAGACAGGAGCAGUAUACCCAUGGCCUCCUUCUUUCUCGUCUCACCGCCAAUUCCCUCUUUCUUCAGGAGAUCGAGGCAUUUCAGAGUGCGGCUAAUGUGUUGGGCCGCGAGAUCCAGACUUUCGUGGACGACAUCUCGCAGCUGCAGUCCCUCGCUUAUAUUCCUCGCGAUCUCAGCACCUUCAAGUUAGAUCAUGAACGUGUGGAAACGCUGCAUCGCCGGCGAAGGAUAUUGCUGCGGCGCCUCUCCGUUUGUGAGUCACGAGGCGUGGAUUUGCGUAAGCGGCUGAGGGAGGUGGACGGCGUUGCCUCCACCAUCAGCAACUCGGAAGAUGAGGAUGGUGAUGGUGACAACCUUAAUAGAAGUAAAUGUGAAGAGGUGGUUAGCUCACUGGAUCUACCCGUGGAUCGGUCGACCCAGAUCAUCCUUGUUGAGCAAUAUAUUAUCCAGUUGUCGGAGACAAGAUCCAAAUUGCGGAAAUUUUGGACUCGAUACACUCACGGAUUGCAGAAUUUGAAAACGCUAGAAGAAUUUGAAGAUCGGUACAGGAAGUUGCAUCCCCUUUUGGGAUUGUGGCAAUCACUGAUCGAGUCAGUCUCCUAUUACCUCCCUGGUCAUCCAGGGUCCCAACUCCUCCCCGCCACCACCUUUAGCGAUUCUUCAUUGCACGGCCCCUUCAACACCGCUGAGGACACUGACUCGGCCGUGGUAAUGGCGGGCGAAGAGGAGAGAUUGACUAGCGACCCAUCUAUUCUCUUUUCCGCCUCCACUACUGCCAUUUCUGCUGCAAGGCUAACUACUGUUGCAGAGGAUUCAAUGGAGGGCCUCUUGACAAUCCAGACUCGCGGUAAAGAGGCUCAAGCUUCCGGAGUUUCUGUGCUUGGUGAGAUCAUUGAUCUUAUUGCUAUCGGAGAGACCAUUAGGGACGAAACCGUCGCUGCUGCCAGCUCUUGUGUUUCCUCUGGCACUGACAGACAGAUCGAUAAGAGGAUGAGUAUCACCAGUUCUAACAGUGUUCUCGCUCGUCUUGCCCUUAGCGGUCGUCAAGUUGAUCCACUGAUGGAUGGAGAUGAAGGAGAGGAUGAAGAAUGUGAAUAUGAGUUCAGAGAUGGAAGAGAAAUAGAGGGUGCCAAUGAAAAACCAGAGGCGAGUGUGGCUCAAGACCAUGAUGGACUUUUAGUGGCAAUCACAAAUGAGGAAACUAUUGAGUCCUCUCCUACGUCUCUCCCUUUGGCUUGUCUCAUUCCCGAAUACGUAACAGCCCGCAUUGUUAGUCUGCGUCAGCUUGAGGUCAUGGCCUGCACGAGCCUUGACAAAGCUGUCAGCCAACUGGACCGCCUUGUUCAACUCUACACUGAAAUUAAUGAGGCUCGCCAGUGGAUAUCAAGAGGAAACAGCCUUCUUAAUCCGCUGACAGCAGAAAACGUGGCAGAGAUGGAUCCGAUGGCUUGUGAGGAGGCAAUUAGGCAGUUGAAUGUAUUUCGUGAUUUAAGAGAACAGAACCUCGUUCUCAAGGGUGAUCCGGUCCAAUUCAGAAAACAGUUCGCGGAUUUACUUAACGCUGAAAUGAAGGUUGAAUUGAGUCAAAUGCUCCGCUUGGUGGAGGAGGUCGAGCAGGCUCUCAAACUCACCGUUUCGAAACUGCGACAACAAAUCUCACGCACAGCUUACCCUAUUAAACCUCUGCCUUCAUCUCAACAACAGCUUCAGGUGCAACUACAUCAGCCCCUCGGUCACCAGAACUCAGCCGCUCGUCUUCCUAAGCAAGCAUCCCUCACUCGGGACCAGGCCUCCUCCGAAGUAGAGACUUGGGAACAGCCGUCGGUAGCACUUGAAUUCCAGCAAAAUAAUGAGAAACUCUACCAAAGGGCCCUCCAGGAACUGCUCAUCACUGAAGGCAAUCAUAUCAGGUUCCUUGAAGCGGCCACGCAAGCCUUCUCAGGAAGCCUAGACAUCCCUGCACUGCCUCGUUUGCCCGCCUUUGUCAGGGACAAUCCAUCUCUUCUCAUUGUAAACCUCCCCGAUCAACUUAUCUUCCAUAAAAAUCAUUUUUAUCCUGAACUCCUGGCUUGUGAUGGGGACCCCUUACUAAUUCAACAAUGGGCAGAAUCUUCGUGGGCCAGUCUGGUGGAUCUGUACACCAACUACUGCCUAAAUUAUGAACGUGCUACGCAAUACGCAGCUGCACUUGAGAAGGACCAAUUCCAUUCUCAAUGGAUCUCCGCCUACAAUCAGUAUCUGAAUCUCCUUGAGGCAAAAAACUUUAGGAGCAAGCAAGCAAAAGGGGAAGAGGACACAAUAGUUGAGGAGAGUUUGGGUGAAGUCGCUAGCCUGAACCGCGUCAGUUCCUGUAUUAACUUCGGGGAUCAGCUCCUUCUUGGUAGUGAUGACGACGGUGGCGGAGGCGGCGUUAGUGUUGCGACUGACGAGAACGAGGAGAACUUACCCCCAACACAAAAGAACUUAUGCGGUGAGGUGAUCAAAUCCACCUCCCUUUGUCGACCCCUCCUUCCUUACAGCUCACGUCUCCUGGAGCCCGCUCAACGAUUCCAGCGCUACCACCUCCUGAUUGAUCGACUUAAAAAUUACGCGCCUGAAGGGCCUCAGAAGGAGGCAUUGACGAAGGCACAUCAGUCCAUGCUUGACAUGUGCAACACUGUGAAUGUUCUCAUGCGAAUCCGCGGUCUUUCCGACCAUCCCUCCCGUCUGGGUCGCCUACUGUUGCACGACAACUUUACAGUAUGGUGCGGGGAAGGCCGAAACAAUAAGCAUCAGCGUUACGUCCUUCUCUUUGAAAACGCCAUCCUCCUGACCAAACUGCGUCAGGUCAACAAUUCCCUGGUCUCAACUAUGCUCGCCACUCUCAGCAGCAGCGGCACCUCUAGCAAUCAGUCUCUCACCUCUGCAGCCACUGACUUUAAUGCCGAAGAAAUGGGAAGUUGUGUGAAUGAAAACGACAGUCAACUCCCCGCCCUUCCACCCAUUCCCAUUGAUGCUUCCUCUCAAAAACCCACCUACGAGAUUAAGAUGGAGAUCAAACUCUCGGAAGUGGGUUUGAUGCCAAGUGUUCAGGAAGACCGACGUCGGUUUGCAGUAUGGACGGCAUGUCGGGCGCAGCUGUACAUAUUCCAGCCGAGCAACUUGCAGGUGUGUACUCAGUGGAUUCGUGCUAUCAACGAUCUCCUUUCGGCCCAACUGAAGCGUGACGAUGUAAAUCGACAACACAAAAUUGUCACGUGUGCAUCAUCAUUGCUUCGGCCAGCAUCAAAGUCGUUAAGUUGCCAACAUAGCGACGCUCUUCGUGAUGAAAUUGAUGAGCAAUUCGACGAGGACGCUGAUAAGCUUGACAGCUAUUCCCCAAUUGCCUUAAAACUGGCUGAUCUCCGAGAGUGCAGUUCCAAGGAUAACCUCGACACAGCAGGAAUCAGUGGCGUUAACGGAGACAGGUACACCCUGCACCAGGGUACCAACCAUAUCCAGAUACACGGUCUUUCCACUUCCUCAGCAUCCAGUGAGGAGAGUAGCCUCGAUCUGUCUUCUGGACCAGCUUCCCCGGACGCCCAGUUGCUCAUUCCAUCCCUCACCGCCCAAUACUUUGUGGAUCUUUUCAAACCCAAUAUCCAGUUACUCGACAGCACCGUUGCCGCCUACUUGCUCACUCAAGGAAAACUGAGGCUCUUACUCGAGGAAAUCUCUCAAGGUUCGCCUUUUUUCACUUUCCUUAACAUGUCAGCCGCAGGUACUAAAUCUGUGACCCAGUUCCUGCGGGGUCUCGACCUUUCUGGCGUGAAUUUCGGCUCAGUGGGUGAGCAUGUGGCCGCACAGUCCUCUGAUGGCGUGCCACGUCGCAGCAAGAACCGAGCUUUCGUGUCCGCGGCCUCUGCAGUGCUACCCUGUACUCAUCCCUUGGAGAAGAUGGCCCGCCUAGAGUGGCUCAAGUUGCGAAACUCCCGGCUCACCAACUCCGACCUCCCCAGUGAGCUUAAGUACCUCAACCGGUUGGAAUACCUCUCCUUAGCAAAAAACAAACUCACUCGGCUCACCUCCAUCACGGACUGGCCUAAGGUCUUUCCUCAUCUUCGCGUCCUUAACUGUAGGAAAAACCAACUUGUCAGUAACGAUGCCAUCCCGCCUGACAUCUUUACUUGCCCCGACCUCCAGGUUGUUGACUUCAGUUGCAACCAGUUAACCCAAGUUCCUCGAGGUAUUGAAAACGCUUCAGGGCUUUUAGUGCUCAACCUCAGUGAUAAUCAGCUGUCAUCAGUGCCAGCUGAGAUAUUCACCGAGUGCACUGAACUAAUGUUGCUUGAUCUUUCUGACAACUGUCUCACGGUUUUACCCGCGCAGCUUCGUCGCUGUUCCUCCCUCCAGCAGCUCAUUCUUAAUCGGAACCCCUUUCAGCACUACCAACCGCGCACCAUUGUAGCUAUAAAGAAUCUCGAGGUUCUACAUAUGUCAGGCACGCAGAGGCGCCUGGAUAAUAUACCGAAAGAGUUGGAUCGGUUAACGAAGUUGGCAGACCUGGAUCUCUCGCACAACCAAUUGGUAGGCGUGCCUGAGCCUGUAUUUGAUUUGCGCGCCCUGCGGAAGUUGGAUCUGAGUUACAACGAGAUCAGUGAGCUGUCAGCUCUGACCGAUAAUUGGCCAUCGCUGGAGUAUCUCAAUCUGAGCCACAACCAACUUGUCAGCAUCCCCUCAGGACUCACGCGCCUCACUAAGUUGCGCAAGCUCUAUCUCAACGACAACCAGCUGACAUUUUCUGGUCUGCCUUCUGGCAUGGCCAAACUCAACGACCUUGAGGUUCUCAACGCCUCAAACAACAAACUUGAAAACAUCCCCGAAGGCCUGUGUCGCUGUGGUCGACUAAAACGCCUCAUAUUGUCAAACAACGAAUUGGAAACCCUCCCUGAUGCAAUCCACUUUUUGAUUGAGAACUUGGAGAAGUUCGAUGUGGAAAACAAUCCCAAGCUGCGAUUUCCACCUAAACCACCGGCUCUGCAGAAGGGUGCGGGCCUGGCCUUCUACAAUAUUGACUUUUCUCUGGAUGGCCAGCUGCAGAUGAUGCGUGGAAUUUCUCCUGAACCCAGUGAAGACGUCAAAAAGGGCAAAGAAUCUGCAGCGCGACUGAAACGGAUGCGCCGGCGUCGAUUGGAUGGAGGCGAGAAUGCGGUGGCAACGGCAGUCGAAAAUGCAGAGGGUAGUCAGGUGGUGCUGGCAGGCAUGCGCCACAUCGCUGGAGAGAAGGAUGCUAUCAUGCGUCGGCGCUAUGCUGAAGCUGCUCAAGCGGAUGAGAAGCAGGUCGCCGCCAAACGAUGGAAGGAAGCUCUAACCAAACCCAACCUCGACUACAGUGAUAUCUUCGACGAGGUAGUAUCCACUUUUCCUCAUGUCCAUAUGAUUGGAACGAUUCGGGACGCAGGCACUCAAUUAGGCGUGGAGAUCUGGGUGAUCGACGAGUUUUACCCGAAGCGUUUUGAACCCGAGGACGAGGAAUAUGUGGGUCAGCUGUACUCCGGUGACUGCUAUAUCCUCCUGCAGACGCGCGAGGUAACUGAGGUGCCGAAGGAUGGUGGAGCAACUGGUAGUCGAGAGUGGCGCAUCUUCUACUGGAUUGGUGCUAAGGCUAGCCUUGACAAGCGUGCCUGCGUUGCUAUGCAUGCGGUUAACCUGCGUAACUUCCUUGGCAUCGACGGGCAGACACAGCGUGAAGAACAGGGGGAAGAGUCCUCUGAUUUCCUCUCCCUAUUCCAGGGUCAUAAGAUUACUGUUCUAGAAGGUUCCAGUGGUAGCACCGGAUUUCACAUUGUUGCCUGUAAGGAGGCUGUUGUUCGCAUGUACAGGUUAUUUGGUCAAGAGAAGACUAUGCACAUAGUGUCAAUGCCCGUCAGUCCCACCAGUCUGGAUCCAAAGUUUGUGUAUCUGGUUGAUGGCGACUCUUGUCUCUAUGUUUGGUUUGGUUCGAGAUCGCGUCUCCUUAUUCAGACUCGAGGCCGUCUUUUGGCAGAGAAGAUAGCUCAGAAAGAGCGGUUAAAUGAGGCAACCAUCGCUCUGGAGCACGAAGGUCGCGAGUCAACAGAGUUCUGGGCAGUAAUUAUGGGGCUAUGGAAACCUGCUCCACGCCCUCCAGCUGUGGAGCAUCAGGAAGAGAGACCAGUGCAAGCUAUCGUCGAUCAUCCCAAACCCCCUACUAAUGUUCAGCGCCCUCCACCUGCUCGUGACUACAUCUCGGCAGACUGGAAACUCCCCCGACCUAUUCUCUAUGACGUCAAACUUGGCAAGGGGUACUUGGAGCUCCUACAAGAUAGCAUUGCUCCAUUUAAUCGCCAGGCUGGGAUCAAUCAUGAGAGUCAAAAAGGUCUACAUGAUGUUGUCCCAGAACUGGCCAAUUUCCAUGAAUAUCUUACUUUCGGUGUUCAGUUUGAGUGGCUCCUCUGGGGCGUUAGAAGGGCAUCCCAAUCAGGAAAUAAACCCAUUACCAAAGUUGAUCUACCGCUGGGUCAGUUGACACGAGACAUAUUGAACUCUGAGAACGUGUAUUUGGUGGACAGUGGUGGUGAGUUGUUUGUGUGGAUGGGGAAGAAAUCAGCUCGAUUCUUACGUUACGCGGGUUUCAAGUUGGCUGAAGAAUUAACUGAGAUGAUGCCACGUGGUUGCUUUGGUGGCGCCGAAGACACUCUCAUCGAUGAGAUAGUUGCGGAUAGCAGUGUGGAACAGACGGUCACCGCACACAAACGACUUCCCCCACAGCCCUGUCCGGAAGGUGCUGAGACUGAGAUAUUCCGUGCACAGUUUGUUGGCUGGGAGCCCGCCAUGGCAGUAGACUUCACGCGUACUGCGCAGUCGGUGACAGCUCGCGGCGCUGAUCCUAGCGUGAUCUUGGAACGCGAUCAAAUUAAAACGGAUCUUCGAGCCCUCAUUGCGCCCCGCGAGACACCUCUAUCCUGGGACAAAGCAAUCCAACUGAUGAACGACCUCAACUACGAACUCAUCGAACCACUCGAGUUGGACGCCAACUUUAGCCAGGGCUCGCCCACUCCCUCUCUUCAACAAUUCGUUAUUCUUGAUCGCAAAUGGGCGCCUGUCGAACCCAGAUGGUUUGGACACUUUUUUAACAAGGACUCUUACAUUGUCAUUGCUCGCUACUGGGAUAAUGAGCUUUCAACAGACGCUGAGGAUGUCUCCAAACCUGCCGAGGAUGGACCUGCCAUGUCGGAUAAAUUUGAAGGAGGAGAGGGUGAGGAGGGAGAUGAAGAGGAACCUACAAAAACUGUUGUCUAUUUUUGGCAGGGUCGUGAGGCGUCUGAGCUCGCUUGGCUCACUUUUAACUUCUCUCUGCGUAAAGACAUGGAGUCGCGUCUCUCGCGCAAUCCCAACGCUAAUGGGCGUCCGCUUAGUGUGGAGUUUAAGCGUUUGAAACAGCAGCAGGAAGAUAUUUACUUUCUUGCUCACUUUCUCCGGAAAAUGGUUAUUCAUUCGGGCAGCUAUCGCGACCGCGAAUCUAUCCAGCGUCUCGAUCAUGUCCACUUUUACCACCUUCGCAUGAAUGGUGAUCCUAUUGCCACCAGGAUUGAAAUGUUGUUGGAAGGGGAAGAGCCUGAUUUGUUCUGGACAGCACUGGGUGGCAAGGGCGAUUAUGACAAGGCCGCCGACUAUAUGCAAUACGCGCGCCUUUUCAGGCUCUCUAAUGACGCGGGGUACUUCCACGCCUCAGAGAAAUGUGCCGACUUCUGUCAAGACGAUCUAGUCAACGACGACGUUAUGAUGCUUGACAAUGGUGAGCAGAUCUACCUCUGGCUAGGCAAAAAGACGUCUGACGUGGAGGUGAAGCUUUCUCUACAGGCUGCGAAAUUGUAUAAGGAACACAUGGCCCGAGUUCAACCAUCACGGCCUCGGCAACUUAAGCUAACAGCUAAAAAUGCUGAGCCAUUUUUAUUCCGCCGCUGUUUCCAUGGGUGGGGACCAUUCUAUGAACCUAAAGACUGGUCUGGUUAG